AUGGCCGCUGCUCGGUAUGAGAAUCGUUCGUUAACUCCCGUAACUACCAUCACAUUCACCACCACCUCAUUCACCACCGUUACAUUCACCACCGUUACAUUCACCACCAUCACCAUCAUGAGGUUUUACUCCGCGCUAUCCGUUGCUGUUCUUGCCGUUUCUCACUUGGUACGGGCAGAUGACCCCGAGAAUACGACAACAGCUUCCAGUUCCCAGUCCAAUGUGAUCUUGCCCGCGCAACUCGGUCCAUACCCCGUCUCCAUCUACGACCACGAAGUCAAGACUUCGCGUCCAGACCCCCUUGCGCCGACUAAGCAGCUUCGCCGCCUUAUGGUCACCGUCUACCGGCCGUUCCUCGACAACUUCACGUGUCCGCUUGAGGAUCAGUCGCAGGUCCCAUAUAUCCCACCUGUUGUCGCCGAAGCCCUUCUCGGUACUCUGCUCUCCUCGCCAAAUGAAUCAUCGAUCCUUGAUCCAGUGAAACUGAUCAAUUGCUCCCGGCCUGUCCCAUCGUCGUCUCCAUCUGGCCCACUGCUUCUCUUCAGCCCCGGGUACGGCGGUAUCAGAGGAGGCUAUGCAUCCAUCCUACUGGCUGCCGCCAGCUCCGGCUACACAGUGAUUGCCAUUGACCACACCUACGAGAGCGCGGCCGUUGUGUUCCCGGACGGCGACGUAGAAUAUCCAAGCAAUGUUACCAUUACGUAUGACAACUCCACCAGUGGUCAAAAUUUCCUACAGUCGGUCCGGAUCGCCGACUCCGUGUCCAUCCUCGACGCCGUUGAACGCGGCGACGUUCCCGGUCUAGGCAGCUACCCUUCCAACUCCUCCACGCCGCUCAGCGCCAUCAUGUACGGCCACUCAUUCGGUGGCAGCACGGCCGUGAACGUCGCCGCUUCGGACGCCCGCGUCUUGGCCGGCGCUAACAUCGACGGCCCCUACUACGACCCCGUGGCCAACGGCACUGUGAGCAAGCCGGUGUUCAUGAUGCAGUCCGCGGAGAUGCCACCAAUCGCUGCCGACUGGCCUUCGUUCUAUGUAAACCACGCCCUUGGCUGGAAAUCGUGGGUGCGCCCCAACAACACCGUCCAUUACGGCUACACCGACCUGCCGUUGCUGGCUGACCUGCUCGGUCUGCGUGGCACCGCGAUGCCCCUGGAACUGACCGGCACAGUGGACAGCCGCCGCCUGCAGGAGAUUAUAUGGCGGUAUACGACAGAGUUCUUCGCUUCCGUGCUAAGCAAUGGGAGUGCAACCACAGACCUGCUGGAUAGACCGAGCGCGGAGUUUCCAGAUGUCGAGUUUGUAGGGCAUGGUGAGGCAGGAACAGGCCAGUGA